AUGGUAGUAGCUGAGUCGACCCUCAACUCCUACAAGAAAAGUUUGUAUGAUCUUGAGAGACCCAGGACCGACGCGGACUUCAUAACAUAUUGUCUCGAAACAACACAAAGCAGGGCCGAAAAUGCAUUCGGCGUCAUCCAUGAGACCAUGGCGGUAUUCGACUGUUAUGCGCAUAGCAAUGUCAAAGAACACCACCAGGCAGCAUAUGUCGUAGUCAGAGAAGUCAUAGAAAGCUACGAGAACGCAUACUUAGCCGAAUUUCAUAUCGAUUUGCGGGGCUUCAUGCAAAAAGCCUGGAAAGGCCCUCUGCAAAGCUCAUAA